AUGUAUGAGAACGGAAGUCUCUCGACGGAGGUGCCCCGAACCUCCCCACCCUUAGCGCCACCCACCCCGGUGUCAGCCACAUACCAACUCCCGUCCCCACAGACGGGCCGAGAUUCUACCCCCGGGACGACAACCACAGCAAGCCUUGAGAAGCCAAUGCUUCUUCUACAGUCCCAGAGUAACUACGAUUCCUCGCCUGGGAUGGGAGGAAGCCAUUUUGGUGGGGUGACAUAUUCCGGAAGUGUUACUCCCCCAACAACAAUGGCGGAUAUAGGGGUAUUCUCAGCCUCGUUCUCGCUACCGCUUCAUGAUUUUCAAUCGGACCCGGUGUAUGCAAAUGAGGACAUAUCUACGGAGACGUUUGCACCCGGAUUUGAAGGGAGCCAGUCUAGUCUUGUCGGGUACCAGUCAGAUGACCACACGCCUCAGUCAACCUCCACCUACCCGAACACGUACAGCUUUGAAGGCAACUUCGCGCUCCAACAGAGAGAUACGACCAAACCGUCGACCUACAGUCUAUACUCUGAGCAUUCGUCAUUAGCGCAUGAAAAGUAUGGAACCGCAUCAGUGCCAUAUGAAGAGGGUUUCCAAGCUUUUGGUGGUAGUGACACAGAAUAUUAUCAGCAAAGGUUCUUGGAAAACCAGAAACCCUUCAUGAAACAGUCGUACACUGACAGCACAGAUAUCUUCACACAGUCGCACAUGAACUUUUCUGAGCUGGACCAUAAACAAGCCCUGUAUCAUACGGGUUAUGAUGGUACUAGUCCGUAUAGUACGGAAACGCCAGCAUAUCCAGCAUUCUCGUCGCCAUUCUAUGGAAGCCAAGGGGUGACAAGAACGAACUCAAAUUUCACCUUUUCCAGCCGUACUGUGCCUAAUACCUAUAGGGGAGAUAUUAGUAUUCAAAUGAGUGGACAGCUUCUUCAGCGACGUCCUUCCCUCACCAUACCAACUCCGCCAAUAUCUGAUGGCCUAGAAGUUCAGAAGUACCAGCUUCAGUCCCCUACUACCCCCCCUACCCCAGGAUCGUCUAGGUCGUCCCCACCCCGCGACCAGCCGACUAAGGAAUGCCUACUAUGUGCCGUGUGCGGGGACAACGCUGCGUGUCAGCACUAUGGCGUUAGGACGUGCGAGGGCUGCAAGGGUUUCUUCAAGCGCACAGUGCAGAAGAAUGCUAAGUACGUAUGCCUAGCAGACAAGAACUGCCCGGUGGACAAGAGGAGGAGGAACCGAUGCCAGUUCUGUCGCUUUCAGAAAUGCCUCGCCGUUGGCAUGGUGAAGGAAGUUGUGAGGACUGACAGUUUGAAGGGGCGACGUGGACGACUACCCUCCAAACCAAAGUCCCCCCAAGAAAGCCCCCCUCCCUCCCCACCCGUCAGCCUAAUAACUGCCUUGGUGCGCGCGCAUGUUGAUACAUGCCCCGACAUUCCAAAUCUUGAUUACAACAAGUACAAAGUCCCCACAGACGACGAAAGCCCGACCCCCCAGGACGACAGGAUCCGUAUGUUUUACGACAUCCUCAUCCAGUCUGUUGACGUACUCCGCGGAUGGGCGGACAAGAUCCCUGGAUUUUCGGAACUCUGCAAGGAGGACCAGGAGCUUCUCUUCCAGUCUGCAACACUAGAGCUCUUUGUCCUCAGGACCGCAUACAGAAUGCAACCCGGAGAAGACAAGAUCGUGUUCGACAACGGGCUCGUGCUUCAUCGUCUACAGUGCCUCAGAAUGUUCGGUGACUGGAUCAAUUCGAUUGUCGACUUUGGCCUCAGCCUCACUCGCAUGACGCUAGACAUCUCUUCACUCGCCUGCAUGGCCGCACUCUCAAUGGUAACCUUGCGACAUGGCCUGAAGGAACCCAAAAAGAUGGAGGACCUUCAAAUGAAAAUCAUUGACUGUCUCCGCGAUCAUUGCACAUAUAACAGUGAAGCACAAAAGAAAUCUCACUUUUUCUCGAGGAUUCUCGGCAAGAUUGCCGAACUCCGUUCGCUUAGUCGAGAGGGCCUACAACGCAUGUUCUACUUCAAGCUGGAGGACGUGAUACGAGCGCCCCCUAUUAUUGAAAACAUGUAUCUAUCAAAUCAACUUCCGUUUUAAGUCACGUGACCGGAAAUGCCCCAAAGAUGCCACCCCCCCACAGAUUUGCUGACUUGACCCGGCUUACGUUUCCUUUCCUGCCUGAUAUUUCAAGGCGGUUUGCUGUCUAAUUGGUGCAAAGACAUUUUCUUUUAGUUUGAAUUAGAGUUUGAAUUUGUUGCGGUAUAUUUUACUAAAUUGUGCAAUAGUUUUCAUUAUGAAUGCUACCUCUAUCGUCUGGUACAUGGAGUCAAAAGACCAAAUUUAAAAAAGAGAAAUAUUUUUGAAAAUGUCAUCAUUAUUUUCAUAUCAUAUGUGUUUUGUGUAAUGGAAAAAAGUAUUUAGUUAUAUCCAGUUUCAAUUGCGAUUGUUUUAUAAAUAUUAUUAAUCAAGUGUAAAGUAUAGAUUUAUGAGAAAAAAUUCAUUCGAAAAAACACAUUGGUGGUCUUGAAGGGGUUAGAGGCUAAAUGUAUUCAUCCGCGCCAAAUGUUUCAGUUCAUAGGGAGCACAUGCGACAAGUAGUGCGCAGGUCACGUGAUUUCAGUAUCUUCUGGGUCUAGUAUUUUUUUAAAACAUUUUAAUGAUAGACGUAUUUGUUUCCGUAUGAUUCUUUUAAUAAUGUUAAAUGUUUUCAAUCUCCCAAGGUGUAGUUUUAUAAUGCUUGUGACAUUGUUGAUGAAAUAUAGUGCCGCUUUAGUGAUGGCUGUGAAUUGUCGCGGACCAACAUACUUAUGUAUUACUACGCCAGGAUGUGAGUGCGAUCUAGUCAAAACGAGGCAGCAAAGCAUAAUGGGAUUAAAGGAAAGUCGAGAAAUUCAUAAACUUUACUAUCAAUAUUAGUUAACCAAAAUCUAUAAUUAUAUCAUUCUUAAACAAUUCUGUUCUAAAAUAACGACACAAAAUUCUACCCCAGUGACUUACGAAAUCUUUCUAUCUUACGCUUUGAACUAAAAAGCCAAAUCGCGAAACGAAAUAAUUUGGAGUAAAUGUUCUGUCAACAAAUCUUAAAGGUUUCUGCCAAAACUUGUACCACGAACCAAAGAAUAUAUUACUUAAUGCCUCGUUUUUCCACGCUGCAUUAUUAGCGUUUAUUCCGUUAUGAAAUAUUGUGAUAGAAAACGUACUUAACUGACUCAUAAUAAUCUAUUUUUGUUGCAUAUUAUCGCCAAGCGACUCGAGCAAAGGGACAUGACUCUAUUAAUAAUUAACGCCGCCAUUUUUUCCCGGCAUCGGCCACAUUAAGCGUUUAAGCCACGGUGUCUUCCUUCAAGUAGAGUCCUCAUGUAUAAUUGACCAGCUAAACUUUUCGCUCGAAUGAAAUAAGAAACUUUGGGGUCUUAUAACGCUUGGGCAAAAUGUGGUACAUUUCACUGCAUAAUUCAUGGAGCGGUUCUUGUUAAAGAAUCGUACGACUGAAAUCCUAGAGAAACGUGUUCGUUGGGCGGUUUCGUCAUACGUGUUUGUGGGGCGUUGUACAUAUUGUAUUUGAGUGUAAAAGAGCUAAAUAUAAGUGUGAAAGAGGUACUUAGAAUAUAUCGUCUCCAAACAGACAAAAGGGUUACUCUGUACUGAGUAAUAGAAGAUCUGCAAUAUGGAUUGUACCCAUGUAAAAUGACGUUUUCCCCACUGUCAUACGUUUGGAGGCAUAUACAUAUACAUAUAUACAUAUAUAUUUUACCUAUUGUCAAAGAAAGAUUUAAUAAUGCAACUCUUUGCAUGAUCCUGUCGAUUUCUAUUAUAUUUAUAUCCCACGAUCAGAUUUCUAUUUUUACAUCUUUGAAUACAAAAUACUUUAGGUUUGUAAUUCCUAACUGUUUUAAGAUCUAGUCGAUUGAUAGUAUAGUAUUUAGGGUUGGUUUUAUACGUUUAUACAUGAAUGUGAACAUAACAUUGGGAUCAUCUCAAAGGUUGAUUGCUUCCCGUAGGCGGGGCAUUGCCUUACAGUGCAAAUGGAACCCCUAGACAGAUUUCUACUUAUUAGAGAUUAUUUAUUCUUUGAGCUUUGAGAUGAUCCCUACUCUUUAAUGAGAAUGGAUGAAGACGCAGUCAUAAUGUUGUUAUAUUUUAAGAAAAAUUAUUUAUUUAAGUAUAAAAGGGCUACUUACAUUACUAACGUCAAGACCGGAUAUUGUGGUAUGUAGUAUACAUUGAAGGGUGUUGCUAGGAUACCACGACUUCCGGUAAUGGCGGAUGUUGUCAAGGUAUCUUGAUCAUUCAUUCCAACACCCGGGGAAGAGUUUAUUUAUUUACCUUUCGUAAGGAGUAUGUACAUAAAGCACUGAAUGUGCAUGUUGAGAUCUCAAUACGUACAAAUGUACAAAUUCUAGUCGUUAGUCGGUAUAUAGUCUUUGUGUUUGACACAGUUGUUUUUACAGUUUAGUCACGUGAUGCAGUCGGUGCGCCGAUUUGAUGCGCACAGAUCUGUGUAAUUGUCUACGUGAAUUACCUUAAUUUCCAUAUUUGUAUUGCCCGGUAAUGGAUUGUUAAAUCUUGACAUUUUACACUGUUUUCCAUGACAAAGAAUCGAAAUUUAAUGUACUUUGUAUAUUUGCACAAGAAAUUAAUGUAGUGUUUGGUCGUGACUUGUUUAAUUUGUCAGUUUCUUAUCACCUUUAUAUGCUGACUGUUUAAGCAAAGCUUAAACGCGAAAAAUCUCUCCUCGAAAAUGAUUUUUGUACAGAGAUCUGGAGCUAAAUAAAAUGCCUAAAUACUU